AUGAUGGUGGCAGUGAGGCGCGCGAUCUUGCUUCUGAGCAGCUCUGAGCUGGUCGCGCGCUUCCAACGAGCCUGCGGGCUGUUUCCGGCAGCGCCACGCGCUGAUCGAGAGGAGCGAAACGGAGACACGAGGAGUCACAGAGACCGAGAGCCGGUCAGGAACGGGACACCAGCGGGUCAGCACAAAGAGCGCGGAGAGCGCGAGCGCAGCGUGAAGUAUGAAGUGAAGAACUGGCCUCUGUACUUCCUGUUUGUGGUGUCUGCGAUGCUGGGAAAUGAAAUUUUUUACAUUUCCUUCCUGCCCUGCAUCCACUGGAACCUGGAUCCCUUCCUGUGCCGACGGCUCGUCAACAUGUGGGCUGCGGUGAUGUAUAUAGGGCAGGUGAUGAAGGACGUCCUGAAGCUGCCCCGCCCCACGGCGCCCCCUGUGGUGAAGCUGGAGUGGCGGGUGGACGUGGAGUACGGCCUUCCCUCCACGCACGCCAUGGCAGCCACGGCCAUAUCCUUCACCCUCCUGCUGAGCGCCACGGAGAGAGUGCAGUUCCCGUUCGAGCUGGGUUUGGUUCUGGCCGUGGUUCUGUCGGCCCUCGUGUCUCUCAGCCGGCUCUACACGGGGAUGCACUCCGCUCUGGAUGUGAUCUGUGGAAUUCUAAUAUCAGCGCUCAUCCUGGGAGUGACCCACCCACACUGGAGGACGCUGGACUUCCUGCAGCUGAACAGUCCUCUGUCCCCUGUGGUAGCGGUGGUACUGCCCCUCUACCUGUGCUAUAAAUACCCCGAACUGGACCAUUACAGCACCACACGGGAGGACACCACCAUCAUUAUGGGCGCGGCUGCAGGCUGCUCCGUGGGUUACUGGGCCAACCAGCAGCUAGGCCUGACCUUUGAACCUGCGGGGCCUUUUCCAGUGAGCCUGGGGCCUCUGACUCUUGCGACGUUUGCCCUCGGCGUGGCCCGGUUCGCCGUGGGUUUGGCUAUCCUGGUGCUGACCCGGCAGACAGUUCGUUGGGUCAGCUUGAGGCUGCUCUGCUGGAACUACGGCGUCGCGGUCACUGAUAUUGAAGCCCGCAGAAGGAAAGAGAUUGAGGUUCCCUACAAGUUCAGCACGUACUCGGCCAUCGGGCUGGUCAACAGUGUGGUGGUCUGCCGGGCAUUUGCACUGUUGGGGCUGCUAUGACCACCAUCCGUAGUAUUAAAGGAAAAUGGCAACAUUUUUUCAAGCUAAUCUCCAUCUGCUGCACCUGUAGCAGCUACGCUACAAUAACCACGGACAGUAAUUCUGCUGCGUUGACCUGAAGAGAACGCAAACUCCAAACUCUGUUCUAAGCCUGUUAGGUUCUAAUGGAUUAUGAGAGAUUGGAAAAUGGUCUGUUUUUGGUAGAUGAAACAACAAUAUCUCAGGGUAGAUUAUAAAAUAUAUAAUACACAGUAAAAAUGAAAGAUACUCAAGGCACAUUUUGGGGUUCCUUAGCUUGUCACAUUGGCGGAACCCUUUAAGGAGCCUCUAGGAACCCAUCUAAACAGGUCGAUUCCCUGAGUAGCUUCACAUAAUUUACAAUAUAUCUUUAUCCAGCAUGGUCUGAAAACUCUUUGGGGCUGCUUCAUUUAUUUUGGGGUUUGAGGCCAAUUAGCACAACAUUACAACUGAAAAUGAAGGAGACGGAAAUCGGCUAGAAAGUAAGAGGCCUUUGAGAACCCCAAAAGGUCUAGGGUACUUAAAAUAACCCCAAAUCUUUUGGUUACUCAAUGAACCUGCUAGAACACAAGAGGCCUUUAAGGAACCCCCAAAGAAGUGUAGGAUUCUUAAAAUAACCCCAAACCUUUUGGUUACUCGAGGGGCCUGUUAGUAUACAAGAGACCUUUGAGGAACCCCAAAGAGUCUAGGGUUCUAAAAUGACCUUAAACCUUUUGGCUACUCAAGGAACCAGCUAGACUAUGAGAGGCCUUUGAGGAACCUCAAAAAGUCUAGGGUUCCUAAAAUAACCCCAAACCUUUUGGUUACUCAAGGAACCUCCUAGAAUACAAGAGGCCUUUGAGGAACCCCAAAGAGUCUAGGGUUCUUAAAAUAACCCCUUUUAGGCCUGUACAUUCUUCUAGGAACCACCAAAGGUGCUUGAGGGCUUGCUCAAAAGAACAGAGUUCCUCCAGGAAACCAGAGCCAAAGCAUGGUGUUUGAUGGACACAGUGAGGUAGUUACAGGUUCCUAGAAGAGCUUGUAGACUGUCAAGGGUUCCUCCAGCAACCCCAUUAUAUGGGAAGGUUUUUUGAUGCACCUAAAAGAUAUUUUAUAGCUCUUUAAGUAUCCUGUACAACCCGUCUUUUUACCCCAAAUAUAAUUGAUCAGCCAGGACAUCUGGAGUCUUAAGUUUGCUUCUUUACUAUUAGCACAGGAGCUACGAGGCUAAUGUAGCUAACUAGUAAUGGAAGCUUAUAUCCCACCAAUUGGCAAGCCUGUAUCAUCAUAGACGCACCUCAAAGUGUGUGGAGGUGUUUAUUAAUCUCUAAAAAACUUGAUUAUGUGGCUUCUGACUCUGUAUGAUUCACUGUCAUCUAUAAACAUGGACUAAAGUAUGUUAGCAUAAAGCUAAAACCAGUAGCAGCAUCUAGAAACCUCAUGUUUUUGUGUAUUUUUGUCCAUUUUUAUGUUUGAAGUGAGUGUGUGAUCAUUUAGGGAUGCAGUUAGCACCAUGCUAAUUAACGUACUGUACAUAAGCUUCCAUUACUUGUUAGCUACAUUAGCCUCACAGCCCCAGUGCUAAAACUAAAGAAGCAGCUACAUUUGAGGUAAAAGGGUGAAACUAUAGAUUUUUUGCCAGACUAACACCUUAAAGCUGUAUUUACUCUCUGACCAACACUAGCUGGCUAAAACUGACCGAUUUUAAAGAGAAAUUACACCAAUUUCCCCAAAUUUCUGCAUAAUUCAGUGUGUGAGGUGUAAACAGAGAGAUUCAGAGUGGUUUGGUGUGAAAUGGUUCAGAUGUCUUUACAGUG